AUGUCGAUCUCCUGUUGUUGUGUUCGUCAAGAAUUGCUCAAGUCUCAUCGACACUCGAUGAGUGGUGUUGCUGAUAGUGAACAUGAUGCGCGAAAGCGCAAUAUGAAAAGUAUUAAAAGUCUUUGGCACGAUGCGUUUCGUUCAUUGAAAGCUCCUCUAUCAUCUUCAACAAGCUCGAGUGGUGGUGAAACGCGUUUGGUAAGUUCUUGA